AAAAAAAAAAAGGGAAGAAAAGGCAAAGAAGCCAGCUUCAAGUGUUUCGUGUGUAGUUUUCAUUUAACGUUACAACAGAGGCUGAGAAACAUCCUUUCAAGUUGUAGAAACUCAGGGGAUAACAAGAGGGACAGAGCUGUAUCUGAGUGUGACGUGCGUCUGAGUGGCUGAAAUGGAAAAGAUGCCUGCAGAAGCUGGUGUGCUUCUUGACUGGUGUUGAUCCUUCAAAAAACAUUGCUCCAUGAAAUAUUAACGCUUCUCCUUCAGCAACUACCUGAAGAAGCUGUGCUGGACAAGCUCAGAGCCUCCUUUGGAUCCUGCAUGCCAACAAGGGAGUAGGACAGCAGGGACACUGCUCAUGACCAAAGGGGAGGCGAAGAGGCCAACACAAACAGGAAGCCUGUAACUAAGAAACAGACUGGGAAAGAGAAUUAGAGCAAGCAGCCUCUCACCUCUGAAGAAAAAGAAGACACUGCUGAUACAAUCUGAGAGGAAGGAAAUGGUGCUUCGCAUACCAUCAUAAAAAUUAUUUUUUUUAUAGACCAGCCUCCCAAAAGGUUUCCAGAGAUGGGUUAUUUAACUUUCCUGUUUGCUAUUCUUCAUGUAUACAAAGCUCUGUGUGAAGAGAUAUUUUGGGACACAGCUAUUAAAUUGGCCGAGAAUAUGACUCUAGAAUGUGCGUAUCUGUCAAUGGACUCCUUAACCCAAAUGGAAUGGUUCAAGAUCAAUACAACAAAGAAAGAGUCCAUGGCGAUUUUCAACCCUACUUAUGGUGCCAUCAUAAGAGAACGCUAUGCUGAUAGAGUCUACUUCUUAAAUUCAACCAUGGGUCCCAAUCAUAUGGCCCUGUCCUUUUACAAUGCCUCUGAAGCUGAUGUUGGUUUCUAUUCCUGUUUUCUUUACACAUUUCCAUCUGGACCUUGGGAAAAGGUAAUACGAGUGGUUCAGUCAGAUCGUUUUGAGACUGCUGUGCCAUCCAAUAAACAUCUGGACUCAGAACCUGGAAAAAAUAUCACACUCACCUAUCAGCUUCAGAGCAAGGAGCCAAUGCAACUAGUUAUGUGGGAAAAGAUCCAGCCCCAUCAGAUUGAUCUCCUAACUUUCUGCAACUUGUCCCAAGGGAGAAGUUAUGCUUCAAAGUACCAAAGACAAAUAUUGACCAGCUGCAGCCAGGGAAUGAGAAAGAGCUUCGUUGUGAUCCAAAAUGUCACUGCCUCUGACUCAGGACUUUACCGGUGCAGCUUUGAGGCCAGCACAGGACAGAAGGAGACCUUUGUGGUGAGGCUGACCGUGACUGAUGGUAAAACAGAUAACCAAUAUACCCUCUUCUUGGCUGGAGGGGCAUUUUUCCUGUUGCUGCUGGUUAUCCUAAUUACCAUCGUCAUUGUCAUUUAUUGUAACAGAAGGAGGAAACAGAAAAGAGGUCUAUUUCAAGGGCCUUGGGAUACGCGAAAUAAGACAGCCAACAACUACAGAAGUCCCACCUCUACCAACCAACCCUCGGAUGGUGCAAGAGAGGAUAUUUAUGUCAACUAUCCAGCCUUCCCCCGUAGACCAAAGAUUAGAGUCUAAGCUUUUUCUUUGAUCUGAGAAAAUUAACAAUGAGUAUUAUGAACAUGAAAUCUUUGGACAAUUUCUUCCUGUUAUCCAGUGUCUACCUUAGAUGCAGGUUGACUGUAUUUAUUUCAUUUUGACAGGAAAAAUGCAGCAUUGUCUAGAAAACAUUCUUAACAGAAAUGUUUCAGUAAACCUGAACUCUUAUAUAUAAUUAGCUUAUAUAUAAGAGGGAACUUACUGAAUCGUGUAAUGGAACCACCCAGGAGCAGAUUUAGCUUCAGGCAAGGCUUAUUUAUUAGGGCUUAAAUGCUGCGUCUAGAAUUAAGUAUGAGUAUAAGCUGGUUUCUGGAUCCACUUCUUAGUGCUGGCCUUACUCUCAGUACACUCUCCUUUUGUGUUUCCAAGAUGGGUGCCGAUAACUCUUGGCAACCCAUACAUCCUUGUUUCUGUCUGCUAGAAAGUUUGUUCUCUGAUGAAACAAACAAAUUGAAUGAUUUGUCCAUCAUUAAACUGGCAUCAUGACCAGAAAGGAUGAAAUGGUUUAAGUCAGUUAAGGGUUUACUUCUAGAGCUGGGAGUGAGGCCAAACUACACUACUGAGAAAUUCCAGAUAUUGCUGGAAAGGGGAGACUGGAAGCUGGGGAGGUGACAAACAAAUGUUGACUGCAGUGACAUUUCAAGAUAUCUUUUGUUAACCAACUAAAAAGUGAAGUGGAUUUAGCUUAGUGUACUCUUUCCGACUUUUAGCAUCUACUGUGUCAGCAUAGUCCAGAAGAGUACUUGGCUAUAGAAUAAAUGGGUGAUUAAUGGGUGAUUAAGAGGGUUAAAUGUGACAGGGAGAUCUCUUCCCUUUCUAUUCACAAACAAAUUUAUCUUUAUUCUGUCAAGAACUCAGCCCAGAAUUAUGAUCAGAUGUAGUAGAUGGUUUGAUAAUAACUUCAUAUUUUUGAUUUUUUUUUUUUGAGAAUUACUUUUUUAAUAUAUAAAUUGUCUUAGGCCUUUUAAAAAUAAUGACGUGAAUCCUGAAUACAAGAAAAAGGAUGACAGUAGAAGGUGGUGAUAUACGGGAGUAGGGUAGAAAAUCGAGGGAAAAGGAACCUGCUAACUGGAAGGGCACGGGGAGCAUGAUAAGGAAUCAAAGACUUGGAAGAUACAAAGAGAAACUUCUGUUUCACAAACUGGCCAAAGACAAUCCUAGUGACGUCACUGAAAAUCAAAGCAUUCGGAGAUGUAUCUGGUAUUAUCGAAAUUCUAGAUGGAAGCAAACAAUGACAAGCAUUUGUGGGACUAGAUAUAACUACCAUGGUCACCUUGAAGCCACAAUGGUCAUUACCAAAUGUAGUGCUUAUUCAUCUCUAAAAGAUUUCAUUACUCAUUUUGAUUAAAGCUGCAUUUCAAUAUCAAAGUUACAGACUUCUCACAAUAAUCUUAAAAAAAAAAUUUUUUUUUUAAGACAAAAUCAAUUUCUCAUGUUGACUAGACAGAUUCUAGGUUGUAAUUUAUUUUAAGUGAAUCAGUGAAUAUUUUUAUGACUUUAGCUUUAAAUGGCAUGCAUGCCAGAUGAUGCAAAUAUUCUAUGAAUUAGGGAAAUUGUGAGUGGCCCUAUCUGUUUGAGACGGGAGAAAAUGACCACUUCCCAGUUGACUUGUGCAUACACAAGAAGAGUGAACAACUCUCCUUUUUGUUAUGUUUGCUGGAAGACCUUUACAUCUGGAUUCAUGAAGUGUUUCCACAAAGAUACUAGUGUAACAGAGCUGAAAGAGUUUACAAGAAAAUGAUCUACUGUAUUGUAAACUGUAUGAGACCUAUGAAAGAUUGCAUUGCUGAGUCUCUGUCAGCUGCACAGUGAAGCAAACUUAAAGAAACGUGUUGUUGUUUGGUGCUGUUGGGUCGAUUUUGACUCAGUGACACCAUGUGACGGAGUAGAACUACCCCAUAGGGUUUUCUAGGCUGUAAUCUUUACAGGAGCAGAUUGCCGGUUCUUUCUCCCAUGAAGCCAACCUUUUGGGUUUGAACCACCAACUCUUUGGGUUUGAACUACCAACCUUUUGGUUGACAAAGUGCUUAAUGAUUGUGCCAUCAGGGCUUAGCAUCAUUUAAAAGGAAAACUGUCUUUUUUUUUAAAGUAAAAAUAUUACUUUCUGGAAGAUUCUGAUAACCAAAUUCCCAAUGAUUAAUAUAGGUGACUGCAAUAUAUGGAAAUGUAAAUCCUAUUUCAACAGAGAAAGUGAGUGACUCUUGGGGGUGUGAAGAGUACAGCCAGAUAGUGUUGUCCUGGUGGCUUUUAUUCAGGUUUCACGGUAGACUUUUGUGGCACACCACUUAACAUUUGCAAAGCCUCCAGGACAAAUAGAACUUGUCUUUUUCUGUGGGAACUUUAAAUUUCUUUUAGAAAAAUCUCUCACUUAAAAAUUUAUGAGAACUACCUACGCUAUCUCUUCUCUAUUUGUCCUUCCUCUGCAGAGCCCAGGGUGUUUUUCAGCACUUGGCAAACCUCUUAAGUUCUGCUGAAAAUUUUCUAACCUCCCCUAGUGCUCCCAUAACUUGAACUAGCCUGACGGAAUUCAGUUCAUUCAUUUCCUUCCUCUGGAGGUCUCCACUCAACAAAGCGCUCGCAUUUUAGCCUCUUUUUUUUUUCCUUUUUUUUUUUUUUUUUAAUGUUAUACAUUGGAGUCCCUGGGUGGUACAAAUAGUUAAUGUACUUGGCUGCUAACUGAAAGGUAGAGGGUUCGAGUCUAUCCAGAGGUACCACAGAAGAAAAGCCUGGCAAUCUAUUUCCAAAAAACCAGCCACUGAAAACAGUAUGGAGCACAGUUCUACUCUGACAUAUGUGGGGUCAUCAUGAGUCAGAGUCAACUCGAUGACAACUGCUUUAUUUUUGUAACAUUAUGCUUUUAUUCACUAGAGUUUUGGAAUUCUACCUAUUAUAUGUUUUGUUUUUCCUCAUCUGUUUUACUAACUCUUCUAGUUGUUUUUAAGGAAAUAGAUCAAAACAGGUCCACAGAAUUAAAGAUCAGAAUUAUAAUAAACUAUGUUUUAAAUCUUUUGGAAAGGUGCUGCUUAGGAGGAAAUAUGUUUCCUAAGAUUCUUUUUUACAUAUGCAACUUAAUGUGAAUGUAUAAUACAACAUUAAAUAAAAAUUUGUGCUUCCUUUGAAUGCCCUUAUUUUAAUAUUUACAUUAAAGUAACCAAUGAAAGGGAUUUGCUGUGUUAUGACAAGGUAGAGGGGAGCUGAUGAAAUGUCAUAGUUGGAGAACGUAUUUUGUCGGAAAGAAUGCGUCUUACUAACCUAUGAUGACUGUGUGUUGACUAUGACUGUAUUAUCAUCAGAGGGACCUUCAAAUGUUAUCUAAUGGCCUUUAUGUACUCAGAGGAAAUAGAAUAGAAAUUUCAUCAGCUUGUCUUCAUGCUUAUGGUUGGGAGACAGAUGGAUGAGAACUAUAAUUUUCACUUAGUAAAAACUGAAAAUCGUAGACUGUUUCGAGUACUUCGUUUUAUUCCUAAAAACACUGUGCACACAGAUUUUAAAAUACAUUGACUAUCAAUUUACAAGAUAAACUAAGACAAACAUAACUUUUUUAGGUUUACUUUUAUCAUAAACAUCCAAGUGAAGUUGAUUGAUAUAGAACUGUAUUAACUAAAAAUUAAAUCUCAAAGACAGGAAUUUUGCCCAAAUUGGUAGGGUCCACUUUGAAAUUGGAAAUCAAUUCCUUGAUCAAAAUGCUUCUCUUUGAUUUAUAAUAAUGUGCUCUAUUUUGUGCUGCUUUUAUGAAAUUCCAGCUGAAGAUAAUGAAGAAUAAAGAUGCUCAUGAGGCAUAGGUAGGGAUGCUAAACCGAGUACAAAGUUUAGCUUCUUUCCACAUAGUGAUAAGAAAAUCUCUUUGAAAAAUAUGAAAAAAUACAAACAUGUAGCAUCAUUGUUUGGUGAUCGCAAGGAUUAAUAGUUUGGCCAUUGUUAAGAAGUAAUGUCUGAGAAAUAUUGACCCUGACAUUCAGGCUUUUGCAUAAAUUAGUAUAUUUUUUCAUUGGGCUGUUCAUUCGAAUUAUUCUAGUUGAUUCUCUGGGCUCUUGACUAUUUAUCUGAAAAGUUAAACCAAUUUUUUUUAACGUCUCUAUUGCUAAUGAGGCAAUAGGCAGAACUGUGGCAUUUAGAAUUAACUGCCCAAUGCUUUCUAAAGAAAUUUUAUAAAAUUUCAAGAUUGGCUUACAUAUAUAUUUUCCAGAUUCAAAGCACUAUGUUGUAAGAUGUUGUGAGAAAAGAUAUAAUUUUGGGCUAUGGGUGAGGAACAUCUGGGUUGAUUCUGGUUUAUGCCUGUCGUACCUAUUUGAAUGAUAAAUUUUGUUGUCAUCCUAUUUAGAACAUGCUGUCAGGUUUUAGUCUGCAAUUUCUGCUACUUGGUUUGUGUAGAGUAUGUAAAUGUUUACCUGGAUGUCCUGUCUUCUUGUUGUUUUGAAUGAAUAAAACAGUU